CUGGUCGAUUGCAUCACACCUUUGGUGGCCAACCUGUUUUAUGUGCUGAUUGCUUUUUGCUUUGUGAUUGUGAUUAAAUCAACAUUGGCCUGUAUUUUGAGCAUCAUUUCGGCUCCACCAGGUUUCAUUAGUUGGCUGAAGCGAAACACUGUCCUCGAAAUAAGCAGCAGUAAGUGUUGCAUUCUUGCCAUGUGUCCAUUUCUUCUCGUCACAGGAAUUCCGCAGCAAAGCUUCUUUUAUUUUAGCAAAUUCAGUUUAGGGUUGGCUGUUUCGGCAGUCAAAGUAUUGGUUUUGGCGAUACUGGCAUGCAUUAUUACUGUGAUAGCUGGAAUUCUGGUCUAUUCUGCAGGCUCAUUUUCGGAUGUAACAGUUGGAAUUGGCUUAAUCCUUAUUGCGCUAAGUGGUGUUAGCGCAUUAUUUGCUGCAGUGGUAGGUUUGCGCAGGACUUUUCGGCUGGCUCGGCAGAGACGGCUUGAAAAUCAGCGCCUAUUAUGUGCUCGAUCACUUCGUUCUUGGAGAGAGGUUGGUCGUCGCCCGGAAGAUUCACGGCCAAUCAUAGAUUUCGAGCGAUAUUUGGAUACCUGCGCAACGCCAGCUGAUGCUCCUUGGGAGCCCUUUCCACUGGAGUUUUAAGG